AUGGUAGCCAAUUUUCUCAAGGAGCUAGGAUGUCGGCACCUUACUACCACUGCAUAUCGACCACAAAGUAAUGGUUGUUGUGAACGUCUUAACCAGACCUUGGUGAACACCAUAUCAAAGUUGGCCCUGGAUAAAGAAGGAACUGCCGAUUGGGAUGAAUACUUGACACCAGCAUUAAUGGCAAUACGUACAAUGCCCAAUGACGGUACUGGGUAUACACCUGCUAUGUUGUUGUUCGGCAAAGAAAUGAGGACUCCCGCAAACUGGCCAGCUCCAAAACAAGACUUUGUGUUGGGUGAAGAAGACGAAGCGAUUGCUCAACGUGUGGUUGCCAUUAGUGAAUUGUUGUCGAAAUUACGAGAGGACGCAAGAAGCAAGGCCCAAAAGGAAAAAGAAAGACAUAAAAAGAUAUACGAUAAGACGGUGCAAAUAAGGAACGGGUUUAUUGUGGGAGAAAAGGUUUUGAUGAGGGACCCAACUCCGCCAAGCAAGUUUCAUGCAAGGUGGUUGGGACCAAUGACAGUGGUCCGAGUCAUGAGGAAUGGUGUUUACCAAUUGGUGGGCCCAAAUCAACGUCGACUACAAGGAGGAGUGAACGGAGAUCAUUUGAUCCCUUACGUUCAACACAAGAGAUUGAUACCGGAUGUACAAGUCAAGCGUGCGGAACAGCAAUUUCAAGCGUGGAUGGAACGGUAUGGUGAAGAAGAAGUUUGA